GCGCCUUUGAUGGUUCUUCAUGUGGGGGUGGAGAAGACUGGAACCACAGCCUUACAGUCAAAUCUGGAGGCAUGUAAAGGCUGGGCCGAGAGCCAAGGUGUGUCAACCUUUGUCACACUGCGCCGCCCUUCUCCGAAUUUCGCCAACAGCAACUUCAUGGCACACUUCGUGAAGAUGCAAGAUCCUUCCGGGCAUGGUGAGGAUGUGCUACUGGACGACCAAGUUUUCAACGAGACUAUGUCCCAACUACAGAGCUGUGAGGAGAAGCACCGGCGUGGUGAGACUUGCAGAGUAGUGACUUCGUCGGAAGGAUGGGCAGAGGUUCCAGAUUCUGUCUGGAUGCGCUUGUUGCAGCGGCUGAAGGGCUGGGACGUGCGAGUCUUCAUCAUGCAUCGAGACUACUCCUCGUGGCUGCGAUCUGACUACGCUGAAAUGUACAAACCGGCCCACGGAGAUGUAGCGAGCAACCCGAUGAGUGGCCUGGAAUAUUUGGCAGGCCGAGCCUCCGUAAUUGCACCAGGGAGCGUUGCCAGUCGAGUGGAGAGGGCUUUCCACAGCCUCUGCGGCACUCCACAAGGACCCAGCCAUUGCGAAAUCCAGCCUGCGUCUUACGACCACUUCCUCAGCAACGGCCAGGACGAGUACGAGUACCUGGUGCUCAAUGUGACUCUUGCUCUUCAAGGCGAAGACUUUACAGCCCGCAACCAUAGUCUCUGGCAGGCAUGUGCCAGACGGGACACGUUUAACCCGUCAAGUCAACGCAUACAAAGCGUCUCGGUCGGUGUAGGCAUCGUGCGUAUGCUGGCUGACCGCCACUUUCUCAACUCAUGCACUCUUCCCUUCAAGAUGACUGCCUAUGAUGAGCCUGUGCUAGCACUUGCCUCGCAGGGUGGCCUGCCCACGUACUGCGUAGACGUAGAGGAGCUCAUGCGCGGUGAUGCCGGCUUGUGGCAACAGUUUGCUGGUGUGGCAAGCAGAAGAAGCGGUGAGCGCUUGUGCUUCCUGAGCGAACACUCUUUGGAUGCCUCUGCAUGGGAGAAGAUUCGUAAGCUUGCACCUCCGUGCCAUUCGAAGUGA